AUGGUGCAACGACAGGGAUGGGGGAGCUGCCACGAGCCAGCCAAGCACGCCACGUGCCAACUGGGACAACAAGGCCCGGGCCGACUCAGCCCGGCAGCCUCCAGACACCCGGAGCAGCCGCAGCAAGGCCCAGGAGGAACGCACAAAGGACACCUGCUACAGCCUCGGCCCGCAGCUACAGGCAGCCGGUGCGCGCGCACACGGAGGCACCCGCGCAUACGGCGGCCUGCCUUGGGAGAGAAGCCGGCUUGCUUGGAUGGAGCACGUGCCGCCCCGCUGAGCCUCGGCUUCCUUGCGCCGAAGGUCGCGUUGGCGCUUGCGCUGCGGAGGCCGGGGGGGGGGUGUCGCUGGUCACCUGGAAGGACGGGACGGGCGUGCCGAUGGGGGCGGAGAUGCCAGCGCCCUUGGAACGGGAGUAGCCCGCAAAGACGCGCCCUGCCCUCGGUUUACCGCCACGUAAGCAGCUUCGCAGGACAUCGACCCUCCUCGUCCCCCGUCCUUUCUUUCCUUCGGGGCCAGAUGCCACAGCAGCUCCAGAUCUUCCCCUCUCCCUUGCAAGCUAGCUCGGGGCCCACCUACCCAAUCGCCUCCCCGCGAGCAGGACCAGAAGACGCUUCAAUCUGCCUGUUUGCGCCCAACAACAGAGAGCUUAAAGUGCGAGCGAAAAGGCUACCCGCAAACGUAGCUGACCUCGACUCUUUUCCUAUUAAUCCGAGCGCUGCUCUUUUUCUGAACUUUUUCCGGGCUUGUUUAGAUGCCGCCGCCCCUACACUAUUUUUAAAGAGGUGCCAGGGUGCAUCACAGGGGAAGGAAAGGCACUUUGUACAUGCACAAAGGUCGUUUGAAAAAAAAGUGGUAUACUUCGGGACAUUCAAAAAGAUUCUGGAGCUGAAGCCUGGCUUACAUGAAACCCGAAUUAACCUCCCUUUGAUGAGCUAAAAGGGUGGCCGCGGGGCAUGGGGAACUUGUCCGUUUGCAGAGCAAUAUGCCUGUGACUUCGCCAGUGCAUCUCUACUGGAACUUUCCAUACAUCUGGCUUGUACAGAGAAACAGGACCAUCACCAUCGAAGAUGUUCAGGGGAACAGCAUUCUGAUACAUGGGACGGAGGUUAGGCAUGAAAGACUAGGGAUAAUCUGGGGGGGGGAGGAAUCAACAGCUGCUGGAGAGCAGUUUAUUGGAGAUCCAGGUUUGAAGAUGACGUCUUGAGUUUGGAUCUGGACAUUUGGGUUGAAUUCACUGACUUUCCGUUCCCAUCUGCAAAAUGGGUAUAAUAGCCACCUAUUGCACAUGAUUGUUAUAAAGGCAAAGGCAUUCAAGUUUGUAAAAAGGAAAACACUGUUGAAAAGACCAUUUGAAGCAAUUAAAUAAAUAAAUAGAAGCAAAAUGUUAUUAAUCAGAAGCCUCCUUUUAUAAGGAUCUUCGGAGGCAACUGUAUCAUCUGCGAAGUCUUUAAUGGUUAGUUACUCUGUGUGGUUGGGUACCCUCAUUCUCACUUUACAGAUGGGGAAAAGCGAGACUGACAAGACAGUAGCUUGACUAAGGCCAUCCAAUGUCUCCCUGACAGAUGUAAAUUGUAGCACAAUCAAAGUCAUCUCCUCUUUUUGCUCUGGGUCUGCAGUCGGAAGCCUGUUGGCUGGGAAGCAAAUCCCACUGAAAUCAAUGAGACUUCCUGCUAAACAUGUUUAGGACACAGGGAGAAGGGAGGCAAUGGAGAAUCCUGUCAGUAGCUUAUUCUUUUAAAACUUCUUGAGACUUCUGGUCUGGGUCAGGCCACCAGAGGAUGAAAAAUGGACAGAGAAGAGGCUUGGUACACAGGGAAAAUAAUGGCGUAUUCUGUUCGAAACUCUGAUGGACAGGUUGACCUGACAGAACAGAGCAGGGAUGGGAAACCUGUGGCCCUUCGGAUACUGAUGGACUCCAACUCUCAUCAGUCGCAGCUAGAAUGGCCAAGGGUCAGCGUUGAUGGGAGUUGUAGUCAAACAACACCCCUGGAAUACAUCGAUGCCCUGAUUCAUGUUGGAAUGUAUGAGGUUCAACUCCAACUUGGUGGGCUGAGGCUGCAUGGGGUUAAAAAGGGUAGCUAGGGAGGAGACCUCCUUGUUGCCAGGCUAUACCUGUCCUUUGAUCCUUGCCUUCUCUCCCCCUCCUGCUAGACUGACAUGCAAAGAAUGUUGAUCCCAGUUCCUUCCCGCCUUCCCAGUUCCUUCUUCUCUCUCGAGAGGGGAGCAGACAUCUGUCCUUUGUCUCUCCCUCUCAACCAGCAUGAAAGCUGCACUGGGACCAGUGCAGACUGCUCCAACAUAGCUAGUUAGUUAGAUAUA